CUUGUAUUGAAAAGUCAAAUGCAAGGAAAGCAGUAUUUUGAAUAAACAAAAUAUUUGUAGAAAGUCUGACUCCUGAUGCAGUUGCUGAACUGUACAUGAAAAAUCUUAAGCAAUACAGUUAUAAUAUAUGCUCAAACAGCCCUACAUGCCCUAGAAACCAACAGGAGUGACACAUUAGAAUACAUACUGGAGAAUUAACAUUUGCACAUGGAAAACUCAGACAUGAGCAAGAAAUGCAAAAUUGAUGAUGACACAUUUAGCCCUAUGAGCCAUUUGAAACAACAUAUGAGAAUUCACACUGGAGAAAAAUGUUAUAAAUGUAAUAAUUGUGAUGCCACAUUCACCCGUAUGAGUAGUCAGAAGAUACACAUGAGAUUACAUAUUGGAGAAAAACCUUUUAAAUGUAAGGAAUGUGAAAGCACAUUUAACCAUAAGAGCUCUUUGAAGCUACACAUUUUGAAACAUACUGAAAUAAAACCUUUUCAAUUUAAUGUUUGUGAUCGUACAUUCUACCAAAAAGGUGGUCUGAAUCAACAUAUGAGGAAACAUACUGAGGGAAAUCCUAUUCAGUGUGAUGUAUGUAAGGGUACAUUCAGCCGAAUGAGUAGUUUGAAGAGACAUAUGAUGAUACAUACUGGAGAGAAACCUUUUAAAUGUAAUGCAUGUAGUAGUGCAUUCACAGAUAUGUACAGUCUUAAGGAACACACGAGGAUACAUACUGGAGAAAAACCUUUCAAAUGUAAUGUAUGUUUUUGUACUUUCACCCACAUGAACAGUUUGAAAAUACACAUGAGGAUACAUACUGGAGAUAAACGUUUUAAAUGUAAUGUAUGUUUUGGUACUUUCACCCACAUGAGAAGUCUGAAUAUACACAUGAGGAUACAUACUGGAGAAAAACCUUUUAAAUGUAAUGUAUGUUUUGGUUCUUUCACCCACACGGGCGGCCUGAAGCAACACAUGAGGAUACAUACUGGAGAAAAACCUUUUAAAUGUACAGUCUGUAAAAGGGCAUUCAGACAAACUUUCAGUUUGAAGAGACACAUGAUGAUACAUACUGGUGAAAAAACUUAAAUAUGUUAGGUCAAGGAAUAUGUUCAGCAAAAUGAGAAUCAUUAUUAGAGAAAAAAGGUUUUUAAAGAUAGUAUUAGAUCAUGUAUAUGCUGGCACAUUUGAUAUUAAUAGCUAUCUGAACAAACACAUGUCAUUAGGACACAAGACCAGCGUUUUAGAUGUCAAGUCAGUUAAGUACAUUAAGCAAUUAGGAUACAUACUGAAGAGAAACAUUUAAAAUCAAUGUGUGUGAAGUGAAAACUAUCUGAAACAAGACACAUUCUAUCAGAAGCUAUUUUCCUCCCCAAACAUUAUAUCAUGUGUUAACAGUGGGCAAAAUCUGACCAGCAAUAAUUCUGUUGAAAACUAGAAAUGUGUCAUCAUGCCAUGGAUGCCCCCGCAUGCAGCCAAAAUUUCAGAUGGUGCAUUAAUUAUUUUUUUCAUUUUAAGUUUAAAGCCCUUAAAACUUCAAUGUGAACACAAACCAUUUUCAUACAAUGUUCAAGGCACUGAAAUUA